AUGAACAAACCCCAAAUUUUAAAAGAACACCAAAUUUUCAAACAAACCCAAAUUACAAACGAACCCCAAGUUCUUAAAGAUUACCAAACUUCCAAUGAAACCCAAAUUACAAGCAAACCCCAAAUUAUGAAUGGACCCCAAAAUUUAAAAGAUCACCAAAUUUUAAAAAUAACCCAAAUUACAAAUGAACCCCAAAUUUCAAAAGAGUUCCAAAUUUCCAAACAAACACAAAUUCCGAACGAACCCCAAAUUUUAAAGCAAGACCAAAUUUAUGAUCGCAACCAUUUAAGAAAUGAACCCAAAAUUUUCAGAGAACACCAAAUUUCCAAACGAACCCCAAUUUUUAAAAGAUCACCAAAUUUCCGAACAAACCCAAAUUAG